UGGACAUAUAGGUUAACCAGAAAUUCACCCUAUGGUGCUUCUGAAUGAUGGACAGUGAGUGUGGAAAAAUAAAAAAAUGAUUCAGUUUAAAGUCCCUCGUAAUUUUCGCUUGUUGGAAGAACUUGAAGAGGGUCAAAAAGGAGUAGGAGAUGGUACAGUAAGCUGGGGUCUGGAAGAUGAUGAAGACAUGACACUUACACGGUGGACAGGCAUGAUUAUUGGACCACCAAGGACAAAUUAUGAAAACAGAAUAUACAGCUUGAAAGUAGAGUGUGGGCCUAAAUAUCCCGAAGCACCUCCAACAGUUAGAUUUGUAACUAAAAUUAAUAUGAAUGGAAUAAAUAAUUCCAAUGGAAUGGUGGAUGCACGAAGCAUACCAGUGUUAGCAAAAUGGCAAAAUUCUUAUAGCAUUAAAGUUGUACUUCAAGAGUUAAGGCGUCUAAUGAUGUCCAAAGAAAAUAUGAAGCUUCCACAACCUCCAGAAGGGCAAACUUACAACAAUUAAUUUUAGCUGAAUCCCAAACUUGUCUUAAACAACUUCUACUUAUGUUAAUGUCUUGAUUCAAUUUCACAAUGCAAACCACCCACACAUUAAGAGUUUCUGCUGGUGUAUAUGAUCUGGACAUUGAAAGAAUAUAUAUGUAUAUGUAUGCCCCAUAUGUUUUCAGGCACAAUCAGAGAAAAAAAGCAGCACAAUUUUUUUCCUCUUUACCAAGCACUAUCAUUUUAAACGUAAGCCUGAAGUAGCCUAAAUUUGGAGCUCCAGUGUUUCAAGAUGAGCGCAUGAUGGGAAGUAUCAGGUUGCUGUGGAAUAAUGUUUCAGAAACUUUUUCUCAAGAAGAAAAAAAAACUAAUGGCAUGCUUUAUCCAUCUUGCUUUAGUGAAAGAGCUGCAGAUUAAAACAAUUAAGUAGCAGGCACUGCAAAUACCAUUGCUCAACUUGUUUAAUUUUUGCAAUGUGUGGGUGCUGACUGCUAGUAGUGUUUCAGAAUAUGGUCAGGAUUGUUUUGAUACUUGUAUUUAUAAAAUGGGGGAAUGAUUUUCUUUUAAGCAGCUCCUGUGUGUUUCACGUAAUGGACAUUGCAAAUAUUUGUUUACAGUCUUCGUUCUAAUAAACCAUGCAUUUAAGUUUUAGUGAAACAAACAAACAAAAAAAGGAAAUAGGUGUAUGGAUAUGUGAUUGAGAAUAAAGUUAGUCUUCAAAUGUAAAUAAAAUGUGAAAAAUA